AUGGAAAGUUGGAAACAUGUUACUUCAGCAUAUGAACAAUGGGGAACAUGUCUGUCUGGUUCAAGUGAUAUUGUGCUUCACCGUCACCUGGAUAAAGGAACAUUGACAAAUGGAAAAGAGGUAGCAGUAAAGAGGCUUUCAGCAGCUUCUGCACAAGGUGUUAUGAAUGAACUGUUUGUUAUUUCUAAACUCCAACACUGUAAUCUUGUUAGAUUACUCGGAUGCUGUGUGGAGAAAGGAGAAAAGAUGUUAAUAUAUGAGUACUUGCAGAAUAAAAGCUUAGAUGUCCUUCUCUUUAUGAAACACAGCAUGUUCUUGACUGGAAGAAACGAUUCAGUAUCAUUGAAGGAAAGGAAUUGGUCCAGGCCUCCUGUAUCUUCACAGGGACUCCAGGCUGAGAAAAAUUCAUCGAGACUUGAAGCCCAAAAAUUGGAUGUCUUCAGUUUUGGAGUUCUUGUUCUGGAGAUCAUAAGUGGGAAAAGAAACACUUGCUUCUACAAUGAUGAAUUAUCUUUAGGCCUUUUGGGAUAUGCCUGGAAAUUGUGGAAUGAAGACAAUGCAUUAGAUCUGAUAGAUAAGAGGAUCUGGAGUUCAAGCUUCGGCAGGAAUUCAUGA